CCUGACAAUCAACCCCGGCGAUCGUCAGGGUCGACGAGAGGCACGAUACCAGUUUCGAUUCCAACGAGCAACGCCCGUCUCAAAAGCAUCCACGCUCCGUCGACAUGACCGGCAUCGAGAGCCAGCGCCCGGGCAGUUCCAUGAGCAACCGAUCGGAGCCAUUCAGGAGGAUGCGCCAGAACUUCAUGAUCGACCAGGACCUGUCCAAAAUCUUCGUAUCUCCGAUACCAACUGGCGGGAUCGGAACAUCUCUGCCGUUGUACUCGGGCCUGGACGAUUCCAUCGGUGAGCACGAGACACAUCCGCUGAUUCCGCCGGCAACCAUCAAGACCAAGACAAUCGCGGGAAUCGUGCUGGAUCUCAACCAGAAAGACUCAGCCGCUGCUUCGAGGCGGAGUCAAGCGUCGGCUCGCGGUUCGGUGCUGUAUCCAGGCGAUAAGACCAGACCGAGAUUUUUGGUCCAGUUGCUACGAUGUCUGCAAGAGGAACUCAGGGUGACUGGCGGUGAUGGGCUCAAUGCAGGGCAUCCUGUGCGCCUGCAAAUCUAUCGAGAGCUCUUCGAUCAGUUCAUUCAAGAAUUCAAGACGUACGAGUCGAUUCUCAGCGAUAUCAAGAACGAGUAUGAGGCGUGCAUCAGCGCGCAGGACGUCUAUCAAGCCUCGAGGGAGCUCGAAACCCUCCGCGAAGACAUGCAGUUUAGCCUGGAUACCGAGAGGGAGAAGAACGAACACCUCUCGGUGCAGAUGCAUGCUCUGAAAUCCCAGCUCGAUGUUGUCCAUGAAGAUUAUCGGCGAGUUUCGGAUCAGUUGAACAGAAAGGAGACCGAGUACCGAGCUCAGUCAUUCCUUCGCGACAAGGUCAACGAGCUCGUUGAGGAGAAUGAGCGGCUACAGAGAGACUACGGCGAGAAGCUCCGAGAAAAGGAGGAGAGCCUUGAGGAAGUUCGAAAAGAGAACCGAAAGCUCUCGUCCCAGAGCAACGUCUCCAGCCAAAGGAUCAUGGACUUGGAGGCGGAGCUGCAGAAUUCCGUGGACAUGGAGUCGUUCAACCAGAUCGAACUGGACCUGCGAAAAACCCAAAUCGACCUUGAAAACCGCACGAAAGAAGUAUCCAGCCAGGCGGUAGCACUUGCAGAGCUCGAAGCCAAGUUGAAAGAGAAGCUUGCAGAGCUCCGCAAGCGCACAGAUGAACAGUUUCCGAACUGGGACUAUAUCCAAAGCAUGUGUCCUUUCAGCAUCAAAGAGUGGGGCAUGCUCUGCAAGGACUUGGACUUUCACGACACUAUUGUAAUCUUGUGUCGCAAGCUUGGAGAGCUCAAGAGCAAAGCAUUAACUGACAAGCAAGCCGGAGAUGACACCAGAGCGGACGAAACACCCGGAGAGCCAAAGUACUUUAUUGGUCUUGGCAUAUCCUCGGACAUACCCAAGCACCUCCGCUACAAGGGCAAGAUUCUCAACAGAAAGCUCUCAAAGAAGAAUUGCUCGUUGUUGAUCAAGGACACAUGGGAGGCCAAGGCUCUGUAUGAGUCCUCGACUCCGGGCAAAGGCACGCCUACCUCGGUUUCGCUCGUGGAGUUCUUCUACAUGUAUCUCAAAAAGCGAUUCGGCACCCAGGACAUCAUCGCCGAGUGGGCCUACAACAUCUGCGAGGCUUGCAAGAAGUACCGAGUUCAGAGCAACACCUGCGCUCUGUUCAUUGAUGUCCUUGAUGGAGUCGUCAGCGAACGUGUAUACCAUCACCAAAAGCAAAUGAUUGCUCGUCUGAAGGACGCAUUCUACCGCUACGAUGUCACUUUGAACGAAGGGAGGGCCAAGGGAACGAUACCAAAGUCAAAGGUUCCCUCUAUUUUUGAGGAAAUCUGGGGCCCUUUGAAGACUCAAAAGCAAAUCGAGUAUCUGACAAGUGCGCUGGAUUCGGAUCAACCCGGACCCGUGGUGACUUAUCGCUGGCUCUUCCACAGCGAUGAGGACUGCAUGUUCAUAGACGUUGUGAAGGAGCAGGAGAUUGAGAUACGCGAUGAGUAUAUCGUUGGACUGUUGUCUGCACUCAACUCAAUGUUCAAAGACAACAAGCUCUCUGCCCUAGAUUACUCGCGGUGCAUCAACAAAUACGACCCCGAGAAGCGGAAGGCUGAUGUUGAUAGACUCUUAUCGGACGGAUUUGGAACAAGCACGCAAGAGGUCAAGCUCCGAUCGAUGAUCGAAAAGGACAAGUUUUUGGCGAACCUGAGAAAGGUGUUUGUGCAGAAAGGCUCUGUUGUCGAGCCGGUUUUACAAGAGAAGCCCUGAGCGACAACUAGAUGCAACGACCGGUGUUCAACCUGCGGCUACCGGGUUGACACAUCAUCGAGUACUGCGCUUGAGCACAUGGGUACAGGGUCUCAUCCGAGUUGUGGCAACG